AUUUUAAUUAACACUGGAUGGAUUGGCAAGUAUCAACGUAACUUACUGCAGUAACUGACAGACUCAAGGAUCCUGAUGGCGCAGGCACUGAAGAAGUUGCUGCAGAUCAGAUGUCUCCUCCUGUCUAUCUUCGCUGCCUCUAUUGGUGGCACCUUCCAAUAUGGGUUUAACCUGACGAUCAUCAAUGCACCAACAAUUUUCAUCCAAAACUUUUUGAAUGAGACCUGGACUGAGCGCUAUGGCAUGCACCUGGAGAGCUGGGCCAUCACACUGCUCUGGAGUUUUAUUGUGGUCGCUUAUGCUAUUGGAGGAUUGGUUGGGUCGCUUAUUGCUGGACCCAUGGCCAUAAAGCUUGGAAGGAAAGGUUCACUGUUGUCAAGCAACAUUUUUGUCCUCAUUGGUGCUUUGCUAAUGGUGCUGAGCAGAACAGUGAAGUCCUUUGAGUUGAUCAUAAUCGGGAGAUUCUUUUCUGGAAUAAACUCAGGUGUGGGAAUGAACAUUAAUCCCAUGUAUCUGGGUGAGAGUGCACCAAAGGAAAUCCGAGGCCUGGUGGCCCUGUCAUUUGCUCCAUUUACUGCAGCUGGAUUAGUGCUGGGCCAAACCAUUGGACUUAGGGAGAUUUUGGGCAGUGAAGAAUUGUGGCCCCUACUGCUGGGGUCCUGUGCAGUGCCAGCUCUAAUCCAACUCAUCACUCUGCCAUGGUGCCCAGAGAGCCCCAGGUACCUGCUGAUUGACAGGGGGAACAAGGACAUGUGCAUGAAGGCAUUGAGAAGAUUACAUGGCAAGGCCAAUCUCACCACCGAAAUGGAUGAAAUGCUGGAAGAGCAAAUGGCACUUCAAGGUCAAAAGGCAAAGAGACUGUGGGAUCUGUUCAGAGACCAUUCUGUCAAACAACAGCUGAUCAUCACUUUUGUGCUGGGUAGUGCCAUGCAGUUAUGUGGAAAUGAUGCUACAUAUACAUACGCAGCAUAUGUAUUCCGUGCUGCUGGAAUUCCCAGUGAAAAUAUCCAGUAUGUCACUAUUGGAACAGGGUGCUGUGAAUUCACCACUUCGUUAACAAGUAACCUGUUUAUUGACCGAAUUGGGCGCAGAGUGCUGCUUAUGGGAGGUUACAGUUUGAUGGUUGGUUGUGGAAUAUUGUUCACCAUCUCACUGACUCUCCAGGAUAAGAUCAUUUGGAUGCCAUAUUUGAGCAUGGCCUGCAUCUUUGCAUCCAUCUUAAGCUUUGGAAUUGGGCCAGCUGGAGUAACUGGGGUCAUACCAAUGGAGAUCUUUGACCAAACUGCACGGCCUGCAGCCUACACGAUCAAUGGCUCUCUGCUCUGGAUAAACCUUAUUGUUGUUGUGAUGGCCUUUCCAUUCAUUGUUGAGGGCCUGGGCAGUUUCUGUUACGUGCCAUUCCUUUCCAUUAGCUUCCUCACCGCUUUAUUUAUUGGAUUCUUUCUGCCGGAAACAAAAGGAAAGACACUUUUGGAAAUUUCUCAGGAGUUUCACAGACACAAUUUCAAAGCUCAGGUGGAAUAAGUUGGAAUCAGAAUGUGAAAGAAUUGAAAACCAACCAUUUGUUAUAAAAGCUCAAUGUUUAUCUGUUACUGUCAUGUUUCCAUAGCAUUAGCAUAUCGUUUCUAUCUAUUGACAUGUCUAGUUUUUCUCUUAAAUGACUGUUUCUUUGCAUUAAGAGCUCAGGCCAACAGUAGGUUUAAUUCGGUUGCUUGUUACAAACUAAAAGUAUGUGUAAGGUGGCAUCGAAUGGGAAUUGGAUAAAAACAAAAAAUGAUGGCUAUCCCUAUCAGAGAAAUGGUUGAGAUUGCCUUCUGUCAUGUGGGGCUUUACACCUCAUUUAUCAGAGCUCUUUGAGGAAGCAACAGGCAAGGUGGAUAAAGGGGAAUAAAGAUGUGGUGUACUUGGAUUUCCAAAAAGCAUUUGAUAAAGUCACAUCAAAGGUUGUUACACAAAAUAAGAGCUCAUGGU